AUGAAGUUCAAGAAAGGAAGUAGAGUUGAGGUUUUGAGGAAAACGGAUGAGCCUUCGGGUGCGUGGCAGAGUGGUGAGAUUAUCUCGGGGAAUGGGAAAGAAUCUGCUUAUUGGGUAAGGUAUGAUUGUCCUUGGGGAUUGAGUAACGAGGAUGAUUUGGAGCGGGUGUCAAGAAAAGUCAUCAGGCCAUGCCCUCCUCCUGCUGAUGCUUCGGAUGGCUGGGCUGCUGGUGAUUUGGUGGAGGUGUUCAAUGAUCUUUCUUGGAAAACAGCUGCAGUUUUGAAGGCUAUGAGUGGAGAUUACUAUCUGGUUAGGCUGGUUGGGUCUUCGACGGAACUUCAACUUAAAAAAGUUAACAUCAGGCUGCGCCAAUUAUGGAAAGAUGGUAAAUGGAUCGGCAUUGGAAAGGGUACUGGCAGUUGUGAAAAUAUGAAGUCCAAUAAACCAUCAACUUUGAGGAGUUAUCAGAAGAUGAGGUCUCCAAUGCUGCAAGCCAAUAGGAAGAGGAAAGUGCAAGAAGGAGACAAUUGUUUAGCUGUUGAGAACAACACUGGCUUCCAGGCAACCUGCGCAUCCAAGAGAGCAUCCCCUUUUUGUCCAUCUGAAUUUGUAGCAUAUACCAGAAAGGUUGAAAAAAUGAGAGCAAUUAAGAAACGCAGUGAGGAUCAACGAGGGAUAUCAGGGUAUCCAUCCUCAUUGCUGAAAAAGGUAGAUGCUGUUGCUUACCCACAAGAAUGUUUGGGUGAAAUAUACAUGCAUGCUUCCUCUAAAAAUCAAACAAUUGGAUCUAAUGAAAUGGAGAGGGGAACACCAAAUUAUUUUGUCGACUCUUUUUGUGGAAGAAGAGUGGACCCUAAUGAUUCCGGUAGUGAUGCAUGCUCUGUCGGUAGUUGUAGUGUUGCAAGUGGUAGUCCAAGCAAUUUAUUUGGUCAUAAUGUAGCAGGUAAUAGUCCUGAUGCAGAUAACCUUAGUAGUGAUGCUGAAUCCUUUUAUGGCAUUGAGGAUGGAGAAGAAAAAUAUUCCUUUCCCUUGGGAGAGGAUGUAGCAGCAGGAAUCCAUAGGUUAGAGUUGCAUGCAUAUCGUUGCACUAUAGAGGCAUUAUAUGCUUCUGGGCCCUUAAGUUGGGAACAAGAAGCAUUGCUUACUAAUCUCCGCAUUUCUCUUAAUAUUUCAAAUGAUGAACAUUUGGUGGAGCUAAGAAACUUAAUUUCCACCAGAAGAAGCAUUCAUAUCAGUUAA